AUGCGCAUCUGGGCUUCGAGGGUGAGGAUUGGAGGCCAAAAUUGCACCCUCGUCAAAAGGAUAAUAGCGCAUCCUGAGUCGAGACUGAGCCGUUCGUUGGAAAUUUUGGGCCCUGUAUUCGACCAGGUCGUCGACCCCAGCCUAGUGUUCCACUGCGCUUCCGAUGCGGCGUCUUCUGGCAGCGGCAGUGCGGAGGGACUUCAUGUCACCGAAGCGGAGGAGAUGCUCAACACGCGCGCGGGCUGGAAGGCGCUCGCCAACACGGCCGACUUUGCGGAGAUUGCGCGGGUGGAUGCGGACGAGAUGGCGAGGCUUGCAUUUGAGGCGUUCGUCAACAGAAUCGUUCAUUAUGCUGGCGCUUAUUGGGUUGUGUUGGAGGGAAGAGUGGACGCGCUUGUGUUUGCAGUGGCAUUGGUGAGGCUAGUAGCCGCCUGA